AACAAAUCGUUCAGUAAUAAAUAUUAUAUAGCAGUCGUUGUGUGUAAUAAUCUUAUGACCUCCCAAUAAAUGUUUUGACAAAUCGCGUAAACAGUGCAUCCAAUCCAGGUUGAUGUUAGUUCUACCUGCCUGCCUCAAUUAAAUUAAUCAGUUCAAAAUGAUUUCGAAAGUCAAGGUGUGCCUGACAGAGGACUAAAAUUAACAACUGUAUUAUUUUGUUUGAACAUUACACCUUUCAAAUCCAUGUCUUAGAUUCCUUUCUGGUGGUACCUUAAGAGCUGCCAAGCGUUUAUUCUCUUUUAUGUGGUGUUUGAUUAUUGAUUGGCACGGCGCAUUAAAGGCGAACCAGGGCGCCCCAUACAGCGACCUGAAAGGAUGAGAAGCGCUGGAACGAUGAGACUCCAGUAACUUCUGAGUGACCUCAGCAUCACAAAGACCCUCUCCAUCAAUUGUCUACGUUCUCUAUGCGCUUUUUUUUGUGCCCUGGGCGUUUAUACCUUUUGUCUUGUUCUGUUUUGUUUUGACCUGUCAACAUCCUUGGACUGGGUUUGAUUUACCUUAGUUGACUGUUGUUUUACCCUAUGGACCACACCGCAUGCACAUACCUGUGAUAAAAUAUAUUUUUAUUCGUUUAUGUGAUAUCGUUACAUGUACAAUGCCAAGGGAUCGCGCACCGACAAUGCUCACUGGCCACCGGGUGUACAUACGCGAAAAGAACACGUUUUAAGUUGUUAGACGCGAAAUGACAAUAAAUGCCAUGUCUGCACACUGGCCAUUGGAUCAAUUGAAUUGAAUAUUGUAGUGAAUCUAAUUGAGGGAUGAUGUUAAGUUUGUAAAAUCCGCUACUAGGUGUGCACAGCUGCUUCUCUGUUGAUGGAGUCUCUCCAACUCGAUUGGCCAAGCCGGUCACAUGGGUGCCUAACUUUAUUCAGUUGAUAGCAAGUAGGAGGGCUUUAUGGAGGGAGGAAAAAAAGACAACUCGAGAAAAAUUAGUAUUUUCUACCUUCAGAAAUUAAUGGCCAUGAGUUCGUACAUGGUGAACUCCAAGUAUGUGGAUCCUCAAUUUCCUCCUUGUGAGGAAUAUUCUCAGAACAGCUAUAUACCUGAACAAAGUCCAAGCUACUACAGUCCAUCGCAGGACACAGAUUUCCAGCAUCCCGGGAUCUAUUCACGGUCAAACUACUCUGAACAGCCUUAUAGCUGCACCACUGUUCAGAGCUCGUCGGCACCGCCGCGGGGUCAUGUGCAGGAUCAAGCCAGCCAUCCCAGCCCUUUCCCCGCACAGACAGAGCAAUGUCCGGCGGUCCAAAUAUCCGGACCUAAGACGUGUGGACAACAACAGAACACAAAGAGCCAGAAUGGGAUAGCCAAGCAGCCUGCGGUAGUUUACCCAUGGAUGAAGAAAGUGCACGUUACAACGGUGAACCCGGAUUACACAGGAGCCGAACCCAAACGCUCUCGGACAGCCUACACAAGACAGCAGGUCCUAGAACUAGAAAAGGAAUUUCAUUUUAACAGGUAUCUUACAAGACGGCGUCGCAUUGAGAUCGCGCACACCCUCUGUCUCUCAGAACGACAGAUUAAAAUCUGGUUUCAAAACAGAAGAAUGAAAUGGAAAAAAGACCACAAACUACCUAAUACGAAAGGAAGAUCGGCUUCAUCUGGAAAUCAGCAUGUACAACACGCUCAGAAGGUCAACCAGACGGAGAUCACAACUUUAUAAGUGGAUAUCUCGCUCUCCCUCCCUUCAGAUGUACAGAUGAACUGUAUGUAAUAGACAAUGUUUCUUUUGACUUUGCAUGGUAGCAAAACAUGAGAUGUUGGUCACAAGUGCCAAAAACUGAGAAACAGAAGCACACACCGUGACUUAAUGAAGUGUACAGGACUGCUGUGCGUUUAAAACCCCAAUCUCAAUACUUCUACAUUGUAACUCUUUGUAACUGUGGCAAAGAGGAUAUAAGGCAUCGAAUGACGAGGUACAGUAAAACGACAAACAGCUCACCGUUUUUUACACAAACUUGCCAAAUAUGGUUCGUUCUAGUGACACUUUUCACAUGUAAUAAAUUCUUUCUGUAUUUUAAUCACCCUUCUCCUCCUUUAAUGCCCACGGCGCGUCAUUCUAUUUUAACUUAAUUCUGAAAGAGACCUUAAGGAACGUUAUGUCCAGCAUUUAUUAAAUUACAAAUGUCUUGUAAAAAAUGUUUUGUACAUUUUAAAUCGGUGCUACGCAAAUACAAAAUAAAAUUAGUUAACUUUAAGAAAAAAAUAUUCGUUUCCUGGGAAAUUAUUUAUUUGUAAAAACUGAUGCAAUUUUCUAUUUCAACCCCGCUUUCUGCGCGCGACUCCUUAAAGGUUGACUUUCCAGUAAUUAUUUGGUUGUUCACAUAAUUCCAUAGACAUUCGUUAGAGGUUUCUAUCAUUGUUUAUUUCUUUUUUAUUUUUGUCCAUGUCAUCAUCAUUUUUCUUUCAUCUGCUUUGCUAUAAAUCCUCCUGACAUCUUUGUAAACAAUAUAAUUAAAGUUAAAUAAGUAUAUUUGUCUUCCACACUCUGAAUUCUUUAAUAUCAACCUUUAACUUUAAUUGUUAAGAUGCUUGAACCGUCUAUUUAUUAAAUUCAAAGUUAACGUUUUAUAUUCUACGUGAACGUAAAUAUCCCUUUCAGUAUUAACGUUAUUGAAAUAAAAUACUUUCGUUAUUAUAUAUAUACACGUUAUUAUAUUUACACAUUUCUUGUAUGUUGACAUAUGGUGCAUAUUUUCUAUAGGCAUAUUUCCAGUAAAUAAAGAUUUAAAAGAUCACGCAGACGUUUUUAUUUUAAGUGCGUAGGCCUAGUAUUCUUUGUUGAAAAUCGGCUUUGUUUGAAAGGUAGAAAUACUAUUAAGCACUUUGAUACACGGUUUUUUAAGUUAUUUUAUGAC